CAAUGUGUAUUUGAAAAUCAAUGCGUGAACGAUUCAAAACCGGCCAUUCCUUUUGUUGUUGUUGUUACUGUGUGUCGUUAAAUGAUACAGAUUUAUCAUUAACGACAAUAAUGAAAUGAACAAAAUCGCACGUUUAAAUCAUUUUCGCACAAAUCAAUGUGAACAGCCAGUGAAUAAUAGUCAAAUAAAAACUUAUACAUAAAUUAUCAAAUAAUAAAAACAUUGUAGUAGCCUCGAAUAUUGUGUGUGAGAGAGAGUUGUGAUAGAUAUAUACAUAAAAUUCAAAAUCGACAAUUAUGUGUGCAUGUGUUUAAAGUCCGGCUAAUGUACAAAGGUGAAAUUCGACAAUAAGGCGAUAAGAUCGAAAUCGAAACCGAUCACCCGAUUCCUAGCCACUGCUUGCAGCAACGACUUCGUUCAAUGCAUGCUGUCAUCGACCAAUCAAUUGGGUAUUUAGUAUAUUUGUUCCAUAAAUUUAAUCAUCGCACAUAUUAACAUGAAUAGGCGUUGUAUAUUAAUCAUCUUGUUGCUGUGUGUACUCAAAAUAAGUUGUCAAAGCGAUGAACAGACGGACGACGAUUACUAUGCAGAUGAAAUUGAAGGCAGUGGAGAUACUUCGAUGACAAAUAGAUUAGACACAUCUUCAUCAUUAUCAACACCAUCAUCAAUACCUCCUAGCUUGAGUGAAAUAUCGUCGGCUGAGCCGAAUCCAAUUCAAAUAACCGAAUCUAUAACAGAAUUUACCACCGUUUCGACCAUUGUCACAACACCAGUACAAACAACAUAUGAAACAAGCACAACACAAGAACCAAUUGAAUCGGCAUGCCCAAAAAGUUGCAAAUGUUCAGAUACAUUUGGUAUUGUGGAUUGUUCCCAACAAAAUUUAGUAGAAGUACCAAAAAAUCUCCCAAACAAUACCAAUCAACUCAAUUUAAGUCAUAAUUUAUUAACAACGCUUAAUGUCAGUGAUCUGAUCAAUUGCCGUCAACUACAACGAUUAGAUUUGAAUAACAAUCAAAUUGAAACAAUCAUCAAUACUGAAGAUUUUGCAAAGUUACCAGGCUUACAUUAUCUCGAUUUAUCAUCAAACGCUCUGAAGCCAUUGCAGGGCAAUGAAUUUUCAAAGGCCAAUAAAUUGGCCACCUUAAAUUUAAAGGACAACCAACAUGUGAUUGCACCGAAUGUACCGAUUAUUCAAAAAUUGAAAACGUUGAAUUUGGCCAACUGUAGCAUAACACAAUUAUCAGAGAAUAUUUUCCAAAACUUAUCAUCUUUGGUGGUUUUGGAUUUGGAUAACAAUCCAUUCGAUACGUUUUUGAAUGUUAAAGCAUUUAAAUAUCUUGUCAAUUUGCGUGUUUUAAAUUUUGCAACACUGCCACGAGAUGUAUUUCCCGAGUUGUGUAAACAACUAGACAGUAUUGAUAUCGUACAUUUGACAUCGGAACCAUAUGAUGUCAGUUGUUUACUGCUUUUGACCGGAUCAGAAUUCGAUGAAAGUAUCAUAAAAUAUGGCCAGUCGACACUUUCUUCAACCGAUACUGAUGAAUUGCAUGAUGAACGAGAGAAAAUACCACCGAAGCCGAACCAACAAAAGCCGACAACACAAAAACCAAUAUCAUCGACGAAAAAUGUGACAAAUAAUUUAGCUGUUAUUGAUCCAGUGGGCCCAUUAUCCGGACAACAGAUGAGUAUCAUUUCACAAAAUGAAACCAGAACUGAAAAGACUAUAAAUAGCACUGAAUCAACGAUAAAAAGUGAAGAUGCUACACAAGCCAAAGUCGAUGUACCACAGCACAUUAUCUAUAUGCUUUUAAUCGGUCUUAUUGCGGUUACAGUAGUUGCACUGUUGAUUGGCGUCUGUUGUCGUCUCGACUGUUGUGGCAUUAAGACGAAAUGUUGCCGACGGCAACAUAAUCGAGCUGAAACUGAAGAUCGAGUACAACCUCAUGAAGAAAUUCCAUUGAACAAAGUUUAAAACUUAUUCAAUUCCAUAUUAAACACGCUAAAUUUUCUUGAACGCUUUGAAAUUCAAGACCAUAAUGACAUAUGCAUGUAAUUGGUCUCUUGAACAAUUUUUGAGCAAAUAAAUGACUCUUGUAUGUAAGAUUAAGUUAA